GGCCAAAGGAUGUCAUCUCUUCCCAUAAAUGCUAUCCCCUCCUAUAUUAUUAAAAAACCCAACAGUAUCUCCACUUCUAGCCAGAGGAUGACAUCAAUGCCUACCAUCUCAUCCCCUCCUAUAUAAAGAACCCAACAUUACUUCUCCAACUCAUACUGCAAGAUACAUGCAUCGUAUCACAUACAAAAACAAUCACAUAAUCAGCAACAAUGGGAGCCAAGAAGCAUACCUUGCAAAUGCUUCCAUGGCUCCUGUUUUUUGCGCAGCAGGUUGCAGCCAGUGCCUGUGACUGUGCCAACACCACAGAUGGAACUGACAGACAGGGCACAAUGAAGUUGAAGCUGAUUGCCAUUGCGUCCAUCCUCACAGCUGGGGCAGCUGGCGUCUUGGUGCCGGUGCUUGGCCGCUCCAUGGCGGUGUUGCGCCCUGAUGGUGGCAUCUUCUUUGCGGUCAAGGCAUUUGCAGCUGGUGUCAUCCUUGCCACUGGCAUGGUGCACAUUCUUCCAGCAGCAUUUGAUGCGCUCGCAUCCCCAUGCCUCAACAAGAGUGUUGGGGAUAGUAAUCGUUUUCCCUUUGCAGGUUUUGUUUCAAUGUCUGCAGCAGUGGCCACGAUGGUGGUAGACUCAUUGGCUGCUGGAUACUAUCACCAGUCUCAAUUCAGCAAGGCACGGCCAGUUGACAACAUCGACAUACACAAGCAUGCUGGAGACGAGAAGGCUGAGCAUGCUCAGCACAUAAAUGCGCACACACACACACACACAACACAUGCGCAUUCACAUGGUGAUAUAGUGGUCCAUGGAUCACCAGAGGAGGGUUCAGUAGCUGAAUCAAUCCGACAUAGGGUUGUAUCUCAGGUUCUUGAACUAGGAAUCUUGGUGCAUUCAGUUAUCAUUGGAGUAUCCUUAGGUGCAUCUGUGCGGCCAUCCACAAUUAGGCCACUGGUCGGUGCCCUUAGCUUUCACCAGUUCUUUGAAGGUGUAGGCUUGGGUGGUUGCAUUGUUCAGGCUAAUUUCAAGGUAAAGGCAACCGUCAUUAUGGCAAUAUUUUUCUCCCUGACUGCGCCUGUGGGCAUCGUGCUAGGAAUUGCAAUUUCAUCAAGCUACAACGAGCAUAGCUCAACUGCCUUCAUUGUCGAAGGAGUCUUCAACUCAGCCUCAGCAGGGAUUUUGAUCUACAUGUCCCUAGUUGACCUUCUAGCAACGGAUUUCAAUAACCCUAAGUUACAGACUAAUACAAAGCUUCAGCUGAUGGCAUAUCUUGCACUAUUCCUAGGUGCAGGACUGAUGUCAAUGCUUGCCAUAUGGGCAUAGAACUUCAGAACAAUAGAGGACCUUACUACCCAGACAAAGCUGAAGGCUUGAUUUGUAUGAACUAAGGAAUUUUCCAUUUCCCCAAAAUAACAUACUCUUUGGUGGAGUAUUCAUAUUCGUCCUAGAUUGUCUAAAACUGAAGCCAGUCUGGGGUGUGCUCUUUGUACUUUAUGAUAUGGCAGUAAUACAUGAUGAGUCAGCUUAUUCUUA